AUGCCUAGCGGCGCUGUCUCACCACGCGGGCCAAUCGAUGUCGAGCGCAUCGAGGCUCCAGUCACCUUCAAGGCUUACAUGAUGUGCGCAUUUGCAGCCUUCGGUGGUAUAUUCUUUGGAUACGACUCAGGGUAUAUUAGCGGAGUGAUGGGUAUGGCCUAUUUCAAGCACGAAUUUGCCGGAUUACCGUACCCAGGUCCAGAUGCAAGCCCACAGGAGAUUGCCAGUUUCCAUAUCCCCUCAUCAAAGCAGUCAUUGAUUGUGUCUAUUCUGUCGGCUGGUACAUUCUUUGGCUCUCUUAUGGCAGGAGAUCUAGCAGAUCUGUUUGGUCGUCGCACCACUAUCAUUGCGGGGUGCUCCUUGCUCUCUGUUGGGGUGGUUCUUCAAGUUGCUUCGACGGCAUACAACCUCCUUGUGGCAGGAAGGCUCAUUGCGGGUCUAGGUGUCGGAUUUGUAUCGGCUAUCAUCAUCCUCUAUAUGUCUGAAAUUGCACCAAAAAAGGUCAGAGGAAUGAUUGUCAGCGGAUAUCAGUUCUGUAUUACUGUCGGGAUUCUCCUUGCAAGUUGUGUUGUUUAUGCUACCCAAAACAUGGACAAUUCUGCAAGCUACCGCAUCCCCAUCGCAAUUCAGUGGGUCUGGGCGCUGAUACUCGCCCUGGGGCUUGCCUUUCUGCCUGAAUCACCUCGGUAUUUUGUUAAGCGUGGUAAUCUUCCAAAAGCUAGAAAAAGCUUAGCACGACUACGAGGACAACCGGAGGACUCCGACUACAUCGAAGAGGAGCUUACUGAAAUCGUCGCGAACCAUGAAUAUGAGAUGAAGAUCAUUGGAUAUGACGUUGGGUAUAUUAGAAGCUGGCUCAAUUGCUUCACGGGGUCUAUUCGUGAUCCAGGUUCGAACUUGCGCCGGACAUUGCUGGGUGUUUCCGCACAGAUGAUGCAACAAUGGACUGGCAUCAACUUCAUCUUCUACUUUGGCACUGUUUUCUUCCAGAACCUCGGUUCGAUCCAAAACCCGUUCCUUAUCUCUCUGAUAACGACCUUGGUUAAUGUGCUUUCUACGCCAAUAUCUUUGUGGACCAUUGAACGAUUUGGGCGCCGUCCGCUGCUCAUUUGGGGCGCCGUCGGCAUGAUUGUAUGCCAAUUUAUCAUUGCCAUAGCUGGAACCAUCGAUGGAAAUAACCCAUCCACUGUUCGAGCCGAGAUCGCAUUCAUCUGCCUCUACAUAUUCUUCUUCGCUUCUACGUGGGGUCCGGGAUGUUGGGUUGUCGUUGGGGAGCACUUCUCCCUUCCGAUGCGUUCUCGAGGUGUUGCAAUGUCUGUGUCGUCCAACUGGUUCUGGAAUUGUAUUAUCGCCGUUAUAACACCUUAUAUGGUCGACAAGGAUCAAGGAAAUCUUGGCGCGAAGGUUUUCUUCGUCUGGGGUGGUCUCUGUUGUUUUUGUCUCCUGUGGGCGUACUUCUUGGUUUACGAGACUAAGGGCCUCUCGCUUGAGCAGGUUGAUCUUCUUCUGCAAGAAACAACACCCCGCAAGUCAUCGCAUUGGAAACCAACAACUACGUUCACUUCCGAGAUGGCCACCAAGGAUUACAAUUCCAGUGGAGUUCAAAUGGAGAAUAUAGAUGUGGAGAAGUUGAAGAAUUGAACCCACCAUGACAAUGUAUGUACAGGUUGUCCAUGUUUACAAAAUCUUUCCAAGAUUUAAAAUGACCAUUCACAUGGGGUGAUUGAA